ACAGAGAAGCUUCUACUGAGUGACAUUCCCAGGUUUUAGCUACAUGUACAAGAAAGAACCCAUAGAAAAUAGACUUGACAAAUGUAAUGUACCCCAAAGCGAGGAAAACCAAAUGCUUUGGCUUAACAAUUGCUUCCCUGAUAUAUGUAUUUAUUAUCACUGCAAAAACAACUUAGCAGGCUAAACUAUGAUAAAAUCUUGCCCAGGAACUAAAAUUAACAUAUGGAAGGAAGGCAACUGAGAUGGCUGGUGCUCUAACAUCAGCAGAUUAACUGGCCAUAUUCUAUUCCAUAUUGUGUGCAGAAACUUGGCACAGUAUUCCAUCUCUGCUUUGAAUUGCUUGCGAGAUAAGCUGAUUGAUAGGAACCUCCCACAUGUGUUUUGUUCAAUUCAAAUCAAUGGUCUGGUUUUACAACCCUCCGACGGAGCUGGCCCAUCCUCGCCUCGCGCCAGGAGGGCGAAGGUGUGCAGGCAGACUGAACACCCAGUUGCUUGAUGUCUCCAUCUAAUCCUCUCUUCUUAGUGUAUGUAUGCUCUUUCAAUGCACAUAAGGUGUUCGACCCAUGCCCUGGUUCCUGUACGCGUGGCGAUUCUUCGGCAAUUGGCGCAUUCAUACACAGCCUUACUAGCCUUGCCGUUCAUACACAGCCUUACUAGCCUUGCCGUGAAAUCAGUCAGUCUUACUCUAUCCAAGGAGAGGAAGCCUAUACACUGGACAUGUAUGCAUCAACUUCUGAUCUUUACCCCUUCUGUAACCAUCAUGAUCUCAUUUAUUUAUAUAUAGGGUUGACUUUUCUGACAAUUGAUGUACAGCUGAUUGCGUCACAUGAACAUACGAGUCCAUAAUAACCUGUUUUCCUCUACACCCAAUUUAUUGACAUUUCCUUCCUGUAACAUCACUGGAAUAUUUCAAGGUUUGAAAUAAUAGCCACAUCUUUAACUACGUACGUGGCACCAGGAUAUCUCACUAGUCAUUUUCCCACAUCCUGAUAAGAGAUAUUUAUCACUACAAAGGAAAGUAUAAAGUUUAUUUUACAUAGCACAUGCACUUGUUAGAAGUUAGAAGAGAGAAUUUAUGUAUGAACAUCUCUCGUAAUAAUUAUUAGGUCCAUAUUCAAUAUGAAAUCAUUAUGUCCAUAUUCAAUAUGAAAUCAUGAUCAGCCUUUUGAAAGGUAAAUACCUCCAGCCAUCUAUAAUAAUAGAUUAAUAGUAGAAACUGGAGUCGUAUCGGUUUUCAAUAUCUGGUCAUCUUUUAUCCAUCUGAUUACUUCAUAUAAACAUAAACAUCCAUGAUACCCCCUUUUUCUCCAAAAAUAAUUAUUGCCAUUGCGCUGUAACAUCAUCUGGACACUUCAGUUUGUGGAAUUGUAUGCCGUAUCUUUAACCACAUGUCGUGCAAGACGAAACACUGGUCAUUGCCACACUUGUUUUCUUGAAGGUGACAUAAUUAACCACAAAAACUCCAAAUCCAUAGGACCACCUCCAGCUUAUUUAACGACUUGGACAUACACAAACAGAAGGGCAAGAACACAACAGUCGCCUCCACCUAGCUCCUUUCUCAACCAUGAGCACCAAAAGGACAUGGCAGCAGUUCCUGAUGCUCCAUCUUCUGACCCAUAUCCUAUUCCUUUUCCUCGCAUCCAGCUCUCAACCUACCAACAAUGAAACUGCCAGCAGAGGCGACCUCUCAGUCCUCCUGUUAUUCAAAUCCUUCAUCACCAGUGAUCCUACGGGGGCACUGUCCUCUUGGUCAUGGGACCGUGCCAGUGCUGGUGCUGGCGCUGGCAAUGGUACCGGCAGAACGAAGACGAAGAUGCCUGAUUUCUGCAAAUGGACGGGUGUGUCCUGCGGCGACCACCGGCACCCCGGCCGCGUCACUGCCAUACGCCUGCAUGGCUUUGACCUGGUCGGUACCAUCUGCCCGCAGCUCGGUAACCUGACCCGCCUCCGCGUCCUCAACCUCUCAGCCAAUAGCCUGGGAGGUGAGAUCCCAGGCAGCAUCGGCCGCUGUGCAGCACUUAGCGCCAUGGACCUGGGGGAGAACUCCCUCUCUGGUUCCAUGCCUGCUUCUAUGGGUCUCCUUUCAAAGCUCACAUUUCUCAACCUUACCCAUAACAAUCUGACUGGUGAUAUUCCCAUGUCGUUCUCCAACCUCACGUCCCUCACAAGCCUUAACAUGAAGACCAACUACUUCCAUGGCCAAAUCCCAAGCUGGCUGGGAAACCUGACUUCAUUGACACACUUAGGAUUAACCCAGAACGGCUUCACUGGCCAUGUCCCUCCAGAUCUUGGUAAGAUGUCUAAUCUUGAUACAUUUGAUGUCAUGGAUAACAAACUCGAAGGCCCUUUUCCUACAUCCAUGUUCAAUAUUUCUUCCAUCACAAACUUCAACAUCGGCUUCAACCAGCUGACAGGAUCUCUGCCGCUUGAUAUUGGCUUUAAGCUUCCCAAGCUAAGUGUUUUGGCCACACAUUUGAACCAAUUCCAAGGACCAAUACCAGCCUCCUUGUCAAAUGCAUCUGCACUUAAAUAUUUGCUUUUUGGUGGAAAUCAGUAUUAUGGUCCGAUUCCACGGGACAUUGGCACCCAUGGUCGUUUGAUAGUAUUUUUGGUGGGGAACAACUUGCUUCAAACCCCAGAGCCUAAGGAUUGGGAUUUCCUAACUUCCUUAACCAACUGUAGUAACUUGGAGUUGCUAAGCCUUGAGGAAAACAAUCUUGAAGGGGUUAUGCCAGUUAGUAUUGCCAACCUAUCUGCAGAGCUCAAAUGGAUUAAACUAGGUAGGAACAAUAUAACUGGGACCAUACCUGCAGGUUUAAGCAAGUUUCAAAAGCUUACAACGCUCACCCUGCACCGUAGCUUCUUCACGGGCACCUUGCCUCCGGAUAUUGGCCAGAUACCUAGCCUCCAGUAUCUUCACCUAUCCAAUAGCAGAUUUCAUGGGCAGAUUCCACAAUCAUUAGGCAAUAUCACGCAAUUGAGCAAACUCUUACUAUCUAAUAACUUUUUGGAUGGCAGAAUCCCGGCAAGCCUCGGUAAUUUCACAAAACUUUUAUCAAUGGAUCUCUCUGGUAACUCCUUGAGGGGGGACAUCCCGCAGGAGGUACUUGGCAUCCCCUCCCUGACCAUACUUCUUAACCUCUCCAACAAUGCUCUGAGUGGCUCCAUUCCAACACAGAUAGGACGACUGAACAACCUCGGCACAAUCGACCUAUCAAUGAACGAACUAUCUGGUGAAAUCCCAGAAGCUCUUGGCAGUUGCGUCCUACUGAACUCCCUAUACUUGCAAGGAAAUAAUUUGCAAGGGCAAAUCCCGAAAGGUUUGUCUUCUUUGAGAGACCUUGGAAAGUUGGAUCUUUCUAGCAACAAUUUAGGAGGGCCCAUACCUGAGUUCCUUGAGGACUUCGAGCUUCUAAUGUAUCUAAACCUCUCUUUCAACAACCUAUCUGGUCCCGUGCCAAAUGCAGGGAUUUUCCGCAACGCUACUGUAUUGUUGCUCCCUGGCAACAGCAUGCUAUGUGGAGGUCCCUCCUCCUUGCAACUCCCUUCAUGUCCAGAUAUAGGUUCUAACCAUGCUUUGCAGAAGCAUCGUCGCCGGGUCAUACUCUUUUGCAUGGUUGGAACUUUCACCUUCAUGUGCUUCCUAACUGCAUGCUGCUUGAUGAAGACAAGAAUCAAAUCAAAUAGUGUUGAUCAAGAAACCGGACUUCACAAUGAGAAGCAUGAGAGGGUAUCCUAUGCCGAUAUAGAUGAAGCAACACAGUCAUUCUCCCCGGCAAAUUUGAUUGGUUCUGGCAGCUUUGGCAACGUGUACAUUGGAACUUUAAAUUAUGACGACAGUUUAUGUACUGUAGCAAUCAAAGUUCUCAAUCUUGCCAAACGAGGAGCAAACAGAAGCUUCUUGAGGGAGUGUGAAGCCCUAAGGAAGAUCCGACACCGGAAGCUUGUCAAGGUGAUCACGGUAUGUAGCAGUUUGGACCGUAAUGGCGAUGAGUUCAAGGCACUUGUCCUAGAAUUUAUCUGCAAUGGGAAUUUAGACGAGUGGCUGCAUCCAAACACAAUGAACAGCAGGACCUUCAGAAGGCUAAGUCUGAUGGAAAGGCUGUGCAUCGCUCUUGAUGUUGCAGAGGCAUUGGAAUAUCUUCACCACCAAAUUGAGCCAUCCAUAGUUCACUGCGAUAUCAAACCAUCCAACAUCCUUCUAGAUGAUGACAUUGUUGCGCAUGUUGCCGACUUUGGUCUCGCAAAGAUAAUGCACACUGAAGCAUGCAAGGAAAGUGGUGGUGGAACUGAAAGCAGCUCACUUGUGAUUAAAGGAACAAUUGGAUACGUCGCACCAGAGUAUGGCUCAGGAUCUGAAGCCUCCACAGCUGGUGACAUAUAUGGCUAUGGGGUGUUGGUAUUGGAAAUGUUUACUGGAAGAAGGCCAACUGACUGUUUCAGAGAUGGCGUGACAAGUCUUGUCAACUAUGUCAAGAUGGCCUAUCCUGAUACUCUAUUGGAAGUAUUAGAUGCUAGUGCAUCCUACAGCGGAAACCUGCAACAUAUCAUAGAGAUAUUCUUACAACCUAUGUUUAAGAUUGGUCUAGCUUGCUGCGAGGACUCUCCAAGGCACAGAAUGAAGAUGAACGAUGUAGUCAAGGAGCUGAAUGCCAUAAAGAAGGCAUGCGGCGCUCAUAUGCAUGUUCAUGGAUUUGAAGCAACCGCCUGAUCUGGAUGAGCAAUGAAGUGGCGAUGUGGUUGAAAUGUAUGUCCCAGUAUGUUUCGUGACAAUUCCUGUUUUCUGUUUUAUGAAUAUGCAAGAGAGUCAUCAUGUGUCAUUGUACUAGAAGCACAAGUAGUGCACUUUUCAAUCCUCGUAGAAAAAAAAAUUGGCAGCAAUUUUUCAUUGCAUCAAAGACUGUACCGAGUGGAUCCUACUCCUAGCACAUUGUCAGUUCUCCUUGCUGUUGUAUCAUCUUUAGAAUUUCUGAAUUGCCACAUUGGUUCACA